CUGCCUUCCGAGUGCAAUUUCUUUGGUAAAUCUAAUCUAGUUAUAUUGUAUAAUUCAUAAUAAACAAAUGUAACGUUCAUGCCCGAUAUCACCUUUAAACAAUUGUAAUUGUGAUUUCAAUGUAAAGUCGUGGUUAACUUUUAGUAUAUCGGGAGUCGUGUUUGUAGCGUAUCGUGGGGAAUCUUAGUGAAAUUUUAUAGUAUUUGUGAUUGCUUGCCUUUAGUCUCGAUAAGGGAUCUUCAGCGAUAUGUCGGGGAGAAGAAAACCGCCGCCGCCAGGAUUCAACUUCAGCUUCAAGCCCCCAGAAGAGCAGGUCGUAACACCACCGAGAAACUUGGACAAGCAGACAACAAUAACAGUUGAUGACAAAACCUUCACGGUUCAUGCAGAUGACCUGAUCAAGAUAUGUGACCUUGGGCGCGGGGCUUAUGGCAUUGUAGAGAAGAUGAAGCACAUCCCUAGUGAUACCACUAUGGCAGUUAAGAGAAUCACAGCGUCAUUCAACAGCCAGUCAACAGAACUGAAGCGUCUGCUCAUGGACCUGGAUGUGUCCAUGAGAGCCAGCGCGUGCCCCUACACGGUGCACUUCUAUGGCGCCAUGUUCCGCGAGGGAGAUGUCUGGAUCUGCAUGGAGGUCAUGGACAUGAGUCUUGACAAAUUCUACACAAAAGUUUACAAUAACAAACGCACAAUUCCCGAAAAUAUUCUCGGAAAAAUUACAUUUUCUGUCGUCAGUGCUCUUCACUACUUAUAUUCUAAACUCCGAGUAAUUCACAGAGAUGUGAAGCCAUCAAAUAUUCUAAUUAACAGGAAGGGAGAGGUCAAGAUGUGUGACUUUGGUAUAUCUGGGUAUUUAGUGGACUCUGUAGCUAAGACGAUUGACGCUGGAUGCAAACCUUACAUGGCGCCAGAGAGAAUCGACCCGAGCGGCAACCCGGGACAGUACGAUAUUCGCAGUGACGUGUGGUCGCUGGGAAUAUCCCUGAUAGAGUUGGCGACAGGCAAAUUCCCCUACAACACCUGGGGCACACCCUUCGAACAGCUCAAGCAAGUCGUGAAAGAUGACCCUCCAAGGUUACCAAGCGGAGAAUUUUCAACAGAUUUUGAGGACCUGAUAAUUCAAAGUCUUCAAAAAGACUACAAAAAGAGACCAAACUACGAUGCGCUGUUGACGCACCCGUUCUGUCUAGAACAUAGCCAGAAAGAAACUGACGUCGCAGCGUUUGUUCAAGAAAUGUUAGACUUACCAGAUGAGUCCUAGUGAUAGGAACAUUAUUUACGUACCUAUUAAGUACAAGCGUUUACCGACUAACCUUAAUGUAGUUUAAUAAUUGAAAAGAUAUAAAAUAAUGUUAUUAACCAUAAAAAAUUAAAUUAUGUAUCCUAUUUAGAGUGUUAUGGUACGCGGCGAUUUUAAUGUUUGAUAUCGAAGAUGAUUGCGUCUUUUGACCUGAAGUAAUAAAGUCGUGUGUAAGUGGAACAUUGUCAAUUUAGUGCUGUAGGUAUAAAUGGUAGUUGUAGUGUCGCUAAAAUCAUGGGUUUAUUUACAAAUAGUUUAUUUCUGACCACAGAGCGAACAAAGGAAUUGGUUUAACAAAAUAAUGACUGGCAACAUUGAAUAAGCAUCACAAAAUUAUCAUAAUUUAGUUUUUAAAUAAAAAAUAUUUGUUUUCAA